GAAGUGCAUUGUGGGGAAAGUCGUUGCCAUUCGACCUCUGUAGGGCCUGCGCGGACGCAGCUAGAACCCUGAAAUUCAUUAUGCGUUUUAAAGCUUUAUUUAUUUCCGCAUAACCUACAUACUCUCACCAGGAGGCCAAAGUAGGAAAAAACGAUAAACAGACAUAUAAUUCGGAUCCGCAACAUAGAAUACUUAAAUAUAUCGAAAUUAGUCGGUAGGGAUAUUGUUUAGAAAGUGGUAUAUUUUAAUAUAUUAAGAAAAUGUCUGGGGAGAGAAACCGCAGGUCGCUGGCGUUCAGAGGAGGUGGAUUAGCCGUAACCGGUUCCAGUGGUGUCGGGGGGAGCAACAGUAACAGCUGGGAGGCCCAGGCCUGUCAAGACCGAAAUUUGAACGGGAACCGACCAGAUCAAGAAGAGGAUAGGGAUCUGGGGGCAAAAGGACCAUCGCAAGAGAGAGUGGAGGGUGGGGGAUCUGUCAGCGAUAGCACAGAACCAGAGGCGGAGGAGGCAGAGGACCCGGAAGGGGGCAACUGGGCAGACGGGAACGGAGAGGAUCGUGUCGGUUGGGUGGCAGUAACUGUCAGAGAAGACGAGUCCAGGAAAGGGAGUAACUGGACAGCGGGUAACGGCCUGAACAGCGAGGACAGAGGCGAAGCGGGGAGCGGGGGAGACGGGGAGCAGGAAACGGGUGGUGCCAGGAAGUCUUGGGUAGAAAUGAGACCGCAGACGUUACUCCAGAAACAUUCGCUAUUCCAAGCAUCAUGGCGACAGGAGUUCCCAUGGCUCAAAUUUUGCCAGGAGACGGGACUUAUGUCUUGCUCCUGGUGUCACAACAUUGCCACUAAAAACAACGACGAGCUGGUGAAAGGCAGUCGAAAUUACAAGCGGGCCUUGCUUUUGAGACAUCAUCUGUCUUCUGAGCACGGAAGGAAUGAUCCGACCAAGCAGGAGCUGGAGCGGCCUGGCUGUGAGGACCCCCCCCAGGGGACAGACAUGGAGACAGAAGACUACUACAGGAACAACAAACCUAACCAGGACUCCUACUGCUACCAGCUGCUGCAGGAGCUAAACAAACAACGCAAGGGAGGAAUCCUCUGUGACGUCAACAUCGUUGUGAGCGGAGAGGUGUUCCGGGCGCACAAGAACAUCCUCGUAGCUGGGAGCCGCUACUUUAAGACCCUCUACUGCCUGACCAAGAGCGAGAACACUUCCUCAUCAUCCUCGUCAUGUGACCAGACGACCACAGUCACCGACACCCACCUCGACGUGGCGGCAGUGGCAGGUUUCUCGGUCAUCCUGGACUUCCUGUAUAGCGGUAACCUCCUGCUGACCAGUCAGAACGCCAUUGAGGUGAUGUCCGUGGCCUCCUACCUCCAGAUGACGGAGGUGGUGGGAUCGUGUCGGGGGUUCAUCAAGGAAGCCCUCAACAUCAGCAUCAAGCAGGAGGCCCCCGACUCAGUGGUGGUGGAUUAUAACAAGAGGAGAACGGUGGCCAAAGACGGAGCUGGACAGGUGCGCUCAGACGGCAGCACCAACAAGAAGCCUGGGAGUAACUUCUGGGCCACCAGCAUCCUGUCCAAGCUGUCAAUCAAAGCCAGUGGUCAUGUCCAGGAUGGGGAGCAGGCAGGGGGAGGCAGUGUAAAGGAGGAGCCCAGUGAUGUGGAGCUGUCUGCAGGGGAGGGCUGCGCCCUGGGAAGCUCCAGCUGGGGCUGUGAGAACUCGUCCGAGUCUGCUGAGAACGAGCCUCCGAGCGUUCCGGGACCGGGGCCGGUGUUCGUCUGGAACGAGCCGGCUCCCGGGGCUGCGGCGGGCGGUGUGGUGGUGGUGAAAAGGGAAGGUCAGAGGGUGCAGCCAGGGAGCGGACGGAGGAAAAAACAGAUCACGCGGCGGUUCGUCUACAACAUCCCACCAGAGCCAGAGGAAGGGUUUGAUGAGGGGAUGUUCAUCCAGCCCUCAGCCUCCUAUCCCAGGGAGGACUUCUCCUUCCUCUCUGAGAACGCCGAACUGGCCAACCAGAUUCAGUACAGCCUCCUACAAGACUCCUCCCAGCAAGGAGAGUCCUGGGAGAAUGGCGAGUCGUCCGACACGGCCCUGAAUAAGCUCAAGUGUCCCCAUUGUAACUACAUCGCCAAGCACCGGAGAACACUAAAGAGGCACCUCAUUAUCCACUCUGGUGUCCGCUCCUUCAGCUGUGAUAUCUGUGGCAAGCUGUUCACCCGCAGAGAGCACGUCAAGAGACAUUCCCUGGUGCACAAAAAGGACAAGAAGUACAAGUGCAUGGUGUGUAAAAAGAUCUUCAUGCUGGCGGCCAGCGUGGGGAUCCGGCAUGGCUCGCGGCGCUACGGCGUUUGUGUGGCAUGUGCGGACUCCCACCAGGCCACACAGGGGGGCCUGGAGUCCCUGGAGGGCUUCGUCCGUGAAGACCAUGACUUCGAGGAGGGAGGAGAGGGGGAGGAGCCUGACGAGGACAUGGCUGAGGAGGGGGAGGAGCCUAACGACAACGACCAAUCCAACUGGGAGGAGGGCGACACUGGUGCUGCCCUUGAGAACGAGUAGUGACUUGCUUAGAUAGAAACAAAAUAGUUGACGAAUUAUAAAUAAAAAAAGCUGGUAAACAAUCAAAGUGCUAUCAAACCCUGAGGUUAUUUACACAGUUCAGUGUGUGAGACAAAGAGAAGCUUUGGUAGCGAGGGACUCCAAGAUGUGCAGAUAUUCUAUGUGUCAGACUCUGGGCUUAGUGCUCACUAGAGAAAGAGAUAAAAAUGAAAUAUUGAAAUCAGGUUUAUGGGGCUGUAUUUUAUUUUUGGGGGGAGGGGGUUGGUGGUGUACAGCGGUUUAAGUUACGAUAGACCAAUCAUCUUUAAAAUACAUGUUAAUUAUUUAAUUUAUGAAAGAGAAGUUAUUAUGGUCUUAUUAAAUAUACUUUUUUUCUGUUUUGUUGUAAACUGUUAUCAGAGAAGUUUCCUUUCAGAUUUGGACUUUCUGUCAAGUCUGAAAGUAUAUUGUUAGCUGUGUGUUUUAGAAUAAAGUACGUCAAAGAAAGAGAGCAUUAUUUGCCGACAGGAAGAUUUUAUGUUUAGAUGUUCUGAACAUUAUAAUUUUAUCUUUUAUCUUUUCCAUGCACAAAUCUUGGAACCAAAAAAUCUGUUUGUGACUAAUUUAUCACAGCCAUAUUUAUGAGUUUAAUUUAAGUGGGCUGUGCUAUGUGCCAAGCAGAACGCACACCAAGAUUUAGCAGGAAAUAAGAAAACUACUGAAAAAUGCUGAGAGAAAAUGAAAGGGAUACUUCGGUAUUCUGGCAAUGAGGACCUUUAUCUACUUCCCCAGAGUCGGUUCAACUCGUGGAUACCAUUUUUAUGUCUCUGUGUCCAGUAUGAAAGAAGUUAGCAUUGGCUCUCGACAGUACCUCAAACUUCCUUCAUAAUGGACACAGAGACAAAAAUGAUAUCCACGACUUCAUCUGACUCUGGGGAAGUAGAUAAGGCCUCAUUACCAAAAUCUUGUUCUAUUCCUUAUUAAGCAGAGAAAAAAUCUAAAGUGAUUCAGAGAAAAACAAGUGAAAGUAUGAGGGGAAAUGUUAUUUGCUAUCUUUGAAUGAAUCACAGCACCACACAGUAACACUUUAUAAAGCAUUUUGACAUUCAUUUAAAGCUUGAAUUUUGCCAAAUGAUGGAGAUGAUUGGUGCUGUAAUGCUUAUGUCGCAAAAUACUGGACCUACGCUGUAUAUGAUGUUUCUAAUCAUGAAGCUUGAAAUGACUCAGUUAUAUGUAUUAAUCAGCUCUCUAUAGAACACUGUUGUGCUAUUGUCUUUUUAUGUAAUGCUCACACACUCACAUACCAUUUUAUAGAGCUACCGGCAGUACUGGACCUAAGUUAAGAAGAUAAACCAUGUAUAUAUAUAUAUAUAUAUAUAAAGUUAUGUUAGGUACUGAGUUUAUAUAUAUAUAUGCUAUUAUUAACUUGAACGUUGGGUGUAAGGUGGUAUUUGAAGAGUGCCGAUAGAUCAUAGUAUGUGAUUUAUGAAGUCUGAAAGAGAAACUCCAUUUUCAAAAGUGAUGAUAUUUUUACAAUCAGUUUUUAUUGAAUUUGUUAAGUCUUUUUAUUUUGUCUGCCAGGUAGGAAAACACUUUGUUAGAUAUAAAGUGAAGCUCUAUGGCCAUCAUAGACAUGCACUUACUUAUUUUUUUGGCGUUCAUGAAAAUCAUUUUGUCUUUUUUUGCUUCCCCAAAGAAGGUCUGAAUGGAACAAUAUUAAAACUGUCUUUUCUCUUCCAUGCGGAACAUUUUUUAAGACAUUUUGUUAUUUAAUAUUAUAUUGACUCCAAAAUGCAAUCAAGACUGUUAAUUUCUAUCUGUUUGUCCAAACAAAAUAGUUUAUUAUUGUUGAGAUGAUGUAUUUAAAAAGAAGCCAGGUAAAUUCUAUAGUAUGUAGAUCCUUGCUUGUGUAUGUAAUCGUCAGAUUUAAAUGUUUUUAUAAAAAAAAUAAUCAUUCACUUUACCCUAGAUACAUAUAUAGUUUUAUUUGUCCUUUACAAAGAUGUAUUUACUUUUCCUUUUUCAUUUUCAUUUUAUUUCAUUAAGAACAUAUUUUAUAAGAAAUAUGGAUUGUUUGAAAUGUAGGAACAGCAGUUUCUGUCCAUAUGCAGUGGAUAUAUAUUGAAGUGCUAAAAUUAUACGGAAAUGUUUGAUCUCCCUUUUCUCAAAGUGCAAAUGUAUUUAAAGGAAACCUAUAGUAAGUUUCUCAUCCCUGUUUGUAAAAUAUGAUUUACCUUCAAAUCACUGUGGGAGGAAAAAAAUGUAACUAGUUGAUUUUACUUAAUGGAACACACAGUUUGCUGCAGUUAGCGUGUUUAAAACCUUGGCCUGGCUUUGUGUCGUGUCUUGGUUGCGUUCAGAAGGCACAAAACGGAAAACAAGUGAAACGGGGAGGUGCUAUGCUAUCUGUACUUGUCCAAUAAGAAACACUGGUUUUUGUUUUCCGUUGCAAAAUGUGUUGCUACGUUGUGCCCUAAUGAACACAACCCUAGCCUUCCUCUCUCCUCUCUGGGUCUAUAUGUGUGUGUGUUCACACCUGUGCUUAUUCAUCUAACCACCCUGUUUCUUGUUUUUAUACUAUCCUUUGACUCCCUUACUGUACAACCGAUGAUCUCAAGAUGAUGUCUUGUUUUAGAUUUUAUUAUGCUGUACUAUAAUGGACAAAACAAACAAAACACUAAUACAGAAACAAGCUUUUUUUAAAAGGUGUAUUUUUCAACUUUCUUUUCAAACUACAGUGAUGCAAAACCAAUGGGCCUUUCUUGGGCUCAACCCCAAACACAAAACAAGUCAGGUUACUCUUUAUAUGUUUUUUCAAAAUUAGUUCUCCUUUUUCUGUUUCAAUUGUACUACUGUUCCUCUAUAAUACAUUUUAAAAAUAAAACUUUGAUAAUGCUUAAA